AUGGAAUCCGUGCAGAAACAGUGGCCAGAAGUAGUGAGCGCCUACCAAUACGUGCUCACUUUCCUCUUCAUGGGCCCUUUCUUCUCCCUUCUUGUCCUCUUCCUCCUCUUCACGUCAUUCUGGUCCGUCUCUGUUCUCUACUUGGUGUGGUUCCUCCUGGACUGGGACACGCCUAACCAAGGUGGAAGGCGCUUUGAGUGGACCAGGAACUGGGCCAUGUGGAAACACGCCAGGGAUUAUUAUCCUAUCAAGCUGGUGAAAACAGCCGAGCUGCCCCCUGACCGGAACUAUGUGCUGGGUGCCCACCCACAUGGGAUCAUGUGCAUCGGAACCUUCUGCAAUUUCUCCACCGAGGCCAACAACUUCUCCAAGCAGUUCCCGGGGAUUCAGGUCUCAUCGGCAGUGCUGGCCUCCCUCUUCCACUUCCCAAUCUAUCGUGACUACAUCAUGUCCUUUGGAAUAUGUUCUGUGAACCGGUGGAGCCUGGACUUUGUUCUGUCACAGCGCCGGCUCGGGCAGGCUGUAAUCAUCAUGGUUGGGGGUGCCCAGGAGUCCCUGUAUGCCAUCCCAGGAAAGCACUGCCUCAUUCUCCGGAAUCGCAAAGGCUUCGUGCGCCUGGCACUGAGGCAUGGGGCCUCCUUAGUACCUGUGUACUCCUUUGGGGAGAACGAUGUCUUUAAUUUUAAGGUUUUUGCCACAAACUCCUGGCAGUAUAUGUGCCAGAUCACCUUCAAGAAAAUCAUGGGCUUUGUUCCUUGCAUCUUCUGGGGCCACGGGCUCUUCUCGGACAACUCCUGGGGCCUGGUGCCCUUCGCCAGGCCCAUCACCACUGUGGUGGGCCGCCCCAUCCCAGUGCCCCGGUGCCUGGACCCCACUGAGGAGGAAGUGGACCACUAUCACAUGCUCUAUAUGGAGGCUCUGGAGCAACUCUUCGAGGACCACAAGGAAAGCUGCGGUGUUCCAGCUUCUACUCGCCUCACCUUUAUCUAG